AGCAGCGGAGAGAGAGACGCGCAGAGAGAGAGUAUGGGGCGCGCGGAUCGGCUGGAAUAAGAAACAUUUCCCAACACUUUUACAAACUUUCUCAACUCGGCCGACAGAUAUGGAUAUCAUCAUUUUGAGCACAUUGCCCCUACUUGCAGUGUUGGGGGGCGCAGGAGCCCAGUACACACCCGCUCAAAUGGGACAUGCGGAGAAAGGCGGCUGCACCUUUGAUGACGGUCCAGCACAAUGCGAUUACCAGCAGGACCCGUACGACGACUUCGACUGGACACAUGUCAGUGCUCAAGAAGUGCCGUUCCUGCCCUCCGACCUGCCCCAGGGCUCGUACAUGAUGGUGGACACCUCGCAGCACGAUUAUGGAGAAAAGGCUCGUUUGCAACUGCCCGUGAUGAAGGAAAACGACACCCACUGCAUUGACUUCAACUAUCUCCUGUACUGUCCGGACGGCUCCAGUCCCGGGACGCUCAAUGUGCUGGUGAAGGUCAAUAAAGGGCCAUUGGCGAACCCCAUCUGGAACAUCACCGCCUGCACCGGCAAAGACUGGAUGAAGGCGGAGCUCGCCGUCAGCACCUUCUGGCCCAAUGAGUAUCAGGUGAUCUUCGAGGCAGAGGUGACCAAUGGCAGACGAGGAUUCAUCGCCAUCGACGACAUCCAGGUGCUCAGUUACCCAUGCGAUAAAUCUCCUCAUUUUCUGCGUUUGGGUGAUGUGGAGGUAAACGCCGGACAGAACGCCACAUUUCAGUGCAUCGCCACUGUACGGGAUGCCGUCAACAACAAACUCUGGCUUCAGCGGCGUAACGGCGAGGAUAUUCCCGUGGCGGAGAAGAAAAACAUCAACCACAGGAAGUUUGCAGCAUCUUUCCGCCUGAAGGAGGUCAGCAGUCAGGACCAGGACCUGUACCGCUGCGUCACGCAGUCGGAGAGGGGCUCCGGGGUCUCCAACUUCGCUGGACUCAUCGUCAGAGAGCCGCCGAGACCCAUCGCUCCGCCUCAGCUGCUGGGUGUCGGACCCACUUACCUGCUGAUCCAGCUCAAUGCCAACUCCAUAUUCGGGGACGGGCCCAUCAUCCUAAAGGAGGUGGAGUACCGCAUGACGUCCGGCAGCUGGACCGAGACCCACGCCGUCAACUCACCCAACUACAAGCUCUGGCACUUGGAUCCCGACACAGAGUAUGAGAUCCGCGUGCUGCUGACUCGUCCUGGAGAGGGGGGCACCGGACAGCCCGGGCCUGCGCUCAUCACCAGAACCAAGUGUGCAGAGCCCAUGCGGACCCCCAAGAGCUUGAAGAUCGCGGAGACGCAGGCACGCUUCAUCGCUGUGGACUGGGAGUCUCUGGGCUACAACAUCACCCGCUGCCACACCUUCAACGUCACCAUCUGCUACCACUACCACAAAACCCCCAAUCACAGCAAGGCCGACUGCCUGGAGAUGGACCCCAAGGCCCCGCGGCACGUGGUGGGAAACCUGCCACCCAACACCAACGUCAGCCUGAAGAUGAUCCUGACCAACCCAGAGGGGCGCAAGGAGAGCGAUGAGACCCUCAUCCAGACCCAGGAGGAUAGUUCCGGGCCGGUUCCCAAGGAGUUUGUGCGAGCGACACCGUCUGAGGAUAAGAUCUCUCUGCAGUGGAAAGAGCCUCUGGAGCCCAACGGCAUAAUAACACAGUAUGAGAUCAGCUACAGCAGUGUGCACUCCUUCGACCCGUCCGUCCCGCUGCUGCGUCCCCCACUACUGGUGUCUCUGCCCUGGAACAUGUCCCGCUACAACUUCACUCUGCUUCACCCUGGCACAACAUACCAGUUUCUGAUCCGCGCCAGCACCAGCAAGGGCUUCGGACCCCCCACCACACUCAACGUCACCACCAACAUAUCAGCCCCGACGCUGGAGGAGUAUGAUGGGUCAGAGGCAUCCCUGAACGAGACGGCCACCACCAUCACUGUCCUGCUGAAGCCUGCGCAGGCUAAAGGAGCACCCAUCAGUGCCUAUCAGAUAGUGGUGAAGGAGAUCAACCCUCAUCGCGGGCGCCGUGAGGCCAGUGGAGGCGAGUGUUACCGGGAGCCAGUGUCCUAUCAGAACGCCGUCAGCUCCGGCCUGCCUUAUUACUUUGCUGCAGAGAUUCCUCCCAGAAAUCUGCAGGAAACCGCUGCCUUUUACUGUGGAGACAACAAAACCUACCACGGCUACUGGAACGCUCCUCUCGCACCCCGCAAAGACUACAACAUCUACUUCCAGGCAGUCAGCCGAGUGGAGAAGGAGAGUAAAACGCAGUGUUUGAAACUGGCCUUUAAAGGUGGAGCACAUGGGAAACCUAGGUUUCUUUUGGAAGAUGUGUUAGAGAGGCCAGCAGGGGGCACUUACCUGCAGUUGAAGCUGGCCAAGAAGCGUAAGGACGCCAUCGGAAACACCCGUCAGGAGAUGACCCACAUGGUGAACUCCAUGGACCGCAGUUACGCCGACCAGAGCACGCUGCACGCCGAGGAGCCCAUGACAGUCACAUUCAUGGACUCGCACAACUUCAGCAACCGCUAUGAGAACCACACUGCGGCAGCGGCGGCGGCGGAGAAUAGCAGACUGCUGGACAUCCCACGAUACCACUGCGAGGGGACAGAGUCGCCCUAUCAGACGGGACAGCUCCAUCCGGCCAUACGGGUGGCGGAUCUGCUGCAGCACAUCAACCUGAUGAAGACCUCAGACAGCUACGGCUUCAAGGAGGAGUAUGAGAGUUUCUUUGAGGGUCAGUCUGCUUCCUGGGACGCAGCAAAGAAAGAGCAAAAUCGAACGAAGAAUCGAUAUGGGAACAUCAUUGCAUAUGAUCAUUCUCGAGUGAUCCUGCAGCCCAUGGAAGACGACCCCUCGUCCGACUACAUAAAUGCCAACUACAUUGAUGGAUACCAGCGGCCCAGUCAUUACAUCGCAACUCAAGGUCCUGUCCACGAGACGGUGUAUGACUUCUGGAGAAUGAUCUGGCAGGAGCAGUCGGCCUGUAUCGUCAUGGUAACCAACCUAGUGGAGGUGGGCCGGGUCAAAUGCUAUAAGUACUGGCCUGAUGAUGCUGAAGUUUACGGAGAUUUUAAAGUCACAUUUGUGGAGGUGGAGCCGCUCGCUGAAUAUGUCGUCAGGACGUUCACUCUGGAGAGGAGGGGUUUCAAUGAGGUGCGAGAGGUGAAGCAGUUUCAUUUCACGGGCUGGCCUGAUCAUGGAGUGCCGUAUCACGCCACUGGCCUGCUGUCCUUCAUCAGACGAGUCAAGAUGUCCAACCCACCCACCGCUGGGCCUAUAGUCGUCCACUGCAGUGCCGGAGCUGGACGGACCGGAUGUUACAUCGUGAUCGACAUCAUGUUGGACAUGGCUGAGAGAGAAGGAGUGGUGGAUAUCUAUAACUGCGUCAAGGCUCUGCGCUCCAGACGAAUCAACAUGGUUCAGACUGAGGAGCAGUAUAUUUUCAUCCACGAUGCCAUCCUGGAGGCGUGUUUGUGUGGCGAGACGGCCAUCCCUGUGUGUGAGUUUAAAGCUGCGUAUUACGACAUGAUCCGCAUCGACUCGCAGAGCAACUCCUCGCACCUCAAAGACGAGUUCCAGACACUGAACUCGGUGACUCCUCAGCCUCAGCCUGAAGACUGCAGCAUUGCUCUGCUUCCCCGAAAUCACGACAAGAACCGCUUCAUGGACAACCUGCCGCCGGACCGCUGCCUGCCCUUCCUCAUCACCAUCGACGGAGAGAGCAGCAACUACAUCAACGCCGCGCUCAUGGAUAGCUACAGGCAGCCGGCCGCCUUCAUCGUGACACAACACCCAUUGCCCAACACCGUCAAGGACUUCUGGAGGCUGGUGUAUGAUUACGGAUGCACCUCCAUCGUUAUGCUGAACGAGAUCGAUUUGGCUCAGGGCUGUCCACAGUACUGGCCCGAGGAGGGAAUGCUCCGAUACGGCCCUGUCCAAGUGGACUGCAUAUCCUGCUCCAUGGACUGCGAUGUCAUCAGUCGUCUUUUCAGGAUAUGCAACCUGACCAGGCCUCAGGAAGGAUACCUGAUGGUCCGGCAGUUCCAGUAUUUGGGGUGGGCGGGGCAUAGGGAGGUUCCCGCCUCCAAGCGCUCCUUCCUCAAACUGAUCCUGCAGGUGGACAAAUGGCAGGAGGAGUGUGAAGAAGGAGAUGGACGCACCAUCAUACACUGCCUGAACGGAGGCGGCCGCAGCGGGAUGUUCUGUGCUAUCAGUAUUGUGUGUGAGAUGAUAAAGCGUCAGAAUGUGGUGGAUGUUUUUCAUGCGGUGAAGAGUCUGCGCAACAGCAAACCCAACAUGGUGGACAGUCCGGAGCAGUACCGCUUCUGCUACGAUCUGGCGCUGGAGUUCAUCGAGACCUCAUAAUGGAGUCUGAGCUGAUCUAGUGUCAGUCGGAGAAACACACAGCGUGGAGAUCUCUGCGUCCGCCCUGACCGUCACCCGCUCGACUCGGUGUUUUAUCAGCUCUCUUUGAUUUCAUUUUUUUAAAAACAUUUUAAUUUUUCUAGUCAUUUCUGUGCAGCCAUUUAAAGCGAGUUGUUGCAUGCGGAAGACGCUCUUUAUUUCUCUGUGUCUCUCACUGUUCCUGUUUAUAAGCAUAUAUAUAUUCGUAUUCGUGUAAAUGGACAUUGUUCUGAAAGGAAAAAAGCAAACAUGUUUAUCCGGCGAUGGAGAGCGCGUCACUUUGGCUCAAAAAAAAGACUCUGCAUUCCGCUAGAAUGGCUGGCUUCCUGUGUUUUUAUUAUCGUUUUUAUUCAGAGUUUUUUUAUUACUGUUACUUUUCCUCUCAUUUUUCGGUAGCAGAUGAUGACCAUAAGCCAAAGACUUGUGUAAAUAUGUCGAUACGGAUGAAGCACAUUGUUUGUAUUUAUUGUUUACUUGCUUUUUUGGAAGCUCAAAACAAUCAUUGUCAUUCCUCGAUUAGCCGAAGUUCACACUGCAGACACAGACACUCUUUUUUUUAAGUAUGAGCUAGUUGAAGUAGUGUUAUUAUUAUUAUUUUUGUUAUGUUGUUGUAUUUGAAAAUCGUUUCAUUUGAAAUCCUCUUGUGCGUUUCUGUGGGGUUUUUUUGUGAUAUUUUGCCGAGGAGAUCUCCAAGAGGAGCAAAGAGAAGAGCUCUAUUUUUUUUCGGAUGUUUUCACAUUUGUAUCGGGCUGGAAAUGGAGAGGGAAAACAAGAAAACAAACAAUGAAGUGUAUGCAUUUCAAGAUAUAUACAGUAUUAGACUCUAGUGUAUUCAGGAGCAAAGCCAAUUUAAGAAGAAGAAGAAGACUGCAGCCAGUGUUGAUGCGGAUUUUAUACGAAACAAAACAAGGACAAAAAAAUGUCAUCAUGUGAAAUAAUAAGUUGUGUAUUUUUUGUCUGUAGUUGUUGGCUUUAUGGCUGUAAUACAAUGUCAAAUAGUACAAAUACUUUGAAUAAAAAACAGAUAUGUGAA